AUCUUUGGUGGGUGUUGACAUCGCCUCUCCGCUGCUGAAUCCGCCUCCGAGGCCCCGAGAGCCGGACACCGCCCCGGAGAGAGACCGGUGAGACCCGGUGAGACCCGGUGGACCGGAGAGACGUCCAGGGACCGGCAGGAGGGAGAGGAGCGGGGGGAGGAAGAGGAGGAAGAGGAGGCUCGCUUCGUUCCGUGUUCGUGUCGGAUCAACGAGGAGGAAGAGCAAGAGGAGGAAGAGCAAGAGGAGGAGGAGGAGGAGGAGAGAGAUGCUGUCACGUUUUAGAAAACAAAAGCUCGAGGACACAUGAGGAAGUGAGACAAGAGGAUCUGUCACAUCUGGAAUCACGUGGGAAGAGAUCAUCUGGAUCCAGAGGAAGAUAAAUCCGGACUGAUGCAGCCUCCUCUUCAUCUUCUGCAGCUUCCUCUUCAUCAUCUGCAGCCUCCUCUUCAUCAUCUUCAUCAGCCACUGAGCCAGGCUCUUAUCAUCUCUCAUCCUGAACUCUGCUUUUAAGCCUCUGCGCAGAAAAUACUCUUCAUCUGAUUCAUCUGCGUUUUUAAAUAUCGGAAACAUUGAACUGGUUUGAUUUCACGUCAGAUUGAAGAUUAAACAUUGAUCAUCCGCCGCUAAAUUAAAACACUGAUGACGUCAGGAUUCACUGAUCUGAAGCCUCAGUUUCACAUCGUGUCCAGCGCCAUCUUGGUUUCUGUCACCAGAAGUAACCAUAUUUGGAGGAGCGGGGGCGGAGCCUGACUGAGGACUCGAGGACACGCCCACCUGCUCCAGCCUCCUUUAUGGUCUAUUUGUCUCUAACGUAUAUAUUUUAUUUAUCGUCGGUUCUCUGGACAUAAAACCUGAAGACGAAAAGUCUGAGUGACCCACGACAGACUCUCGGUUCCAGUCGACUUCCCCCCUGGUCCCCGUCCCGUGUGGUGAUGCUGGACGUGGUGAAGAUGAAGGAGUCGUGUCGUAUCUGCGCCCGCGAGCUCUGUGGGAACCAACGCCGCUGGAUCUUCCACCCGGCCGCCAAACUCAACCUGCAGGUGCUGCUGUCCCACGCCGUGGGCCGCGAGCUGAGCCGGGACGGCCGGGGGGAGUUCGCCUGCUCCAAGUGCGCCUUCAUGCUGGACCGCAUGUACCGCUUCGACACGGUGGUCGCCCGGGUGGAGGCGCUGUCCCUGGAGCGCCUCCACAAGCUGCUGCUGGAGAAAGAUCGUCUGCGGCACUGCAUCGGAGGCUUGUACCGGAAGAACAACGCAGAGGACGGGAGCGUGGCCCCAUCGGCAGGGACCGGUGGGGGGGGUCGUUGGACGGAGGCGGGGUCUGAAGACGUCCCUGUGGUGGAUCUAUCAGUCCUCCAGGACGUGAGAUACUUGGACAUGAUUCAGGACGAUCUGACGUUCUCCGUCUAUGAGUCAUGGGCUGAUAAGGGGGACCCCGCCCUGGACCAGUCCCACCAGUCCCACCACGUCCACCAUGUCCACCACUGCACAGCAGGAGACGCCCUGCCUGGCCAGAAGCCGAGGAGAUGCAGGGGAUGUGCGGCGCUCCGAGUGGCAGAUUCGGACUAUGAGGCGGUGUGUAAGGUUCCUCGCCGGCUCGGGCGAAGGAGCACAUCCUGUGGGCCGUCUACCCGCUACUCCACCGGCGCUGAAGGAGUCCAGGACCCCAUCAGAUCCUCUGAAGAGUCUGCAUCCAUGACCCUGGUGCUAGAGUCUCCUUCAGCUGCGUUAGACUCUGAUAAGACCGCGUUCAACCAGACGGGUCCCAGUCCGGCGUCCUCUGUGGAAUCUCUGGACACGGCUGUGGACGUGAGCUGCCCUCUUCCAAAUCACAAAGGGAGGGACGACAUGGAGCUGGAGAAAGAUCCAGAGGAGGCUCCAGGCCGACGGGACACUCCAUGGGACAACCCCCUGAGUGACAGCUCCCUCUCUGGGCUGGACAUGAUGCUGUGCCUCCUGAGAGGCUGGGAGUACCGACCAGUGAGGACCCAACGGGGCAGCAAGCUCCCAGUACUCGUCAAAGCCAAACCGGAGAAGAGCCUCUCGCUGCAUCCGUCCAUCUCGCUGAGGUCCCCCUGCAGGGGGGCGGGGGACAGUGACCUGUACCCCCACCUACCAAUACCAGAGGUCGUGACCUCGUGCCCGGAGCAGGACCUGCAGGCGGAGCUGGCGGAGCUGGAGGAGCAGUGGUUGGAUGAAUAUGUUCAGUGCAGGCCGUUCCGCUUCCAGCAGCGGCUGAUCGAUGAGCAGCAGGAUCAGCUGAGUCACUACGAGAGCGCCGCCGGUCAGUGUGUGGGCGAGCUGCAGAAGAACCAGGACCAGGUCCACUCGCUGCAGGACCAGGUCCGAGAGAGCGAGGCCCGGAACCAGAAGCUGCAACUGCGUCUCGGUGAGAUGGAGCUGGAGCUGAGGUCGACUCGAGAGGAAGCUCAGAGGAAAGAGAGAAACAUCCAGAACAUCAGUGACAACUUCAACUCCAAGGAGGCAGAGACUGCAGACCUGUACCUGGUUAUUGAGGAGCAGAAGAAGAUGCUGAGUUCUCUUAAAGAACUCACCAACCACCAGCAGGUUCAGGCGUCGGGGGGGGACAGUGCUCGAGGUCCGAGGGAGGUUCUGUCUCUGCAGGCCUCUCUCUUCCAGGCUCAGCUGGAGCUUCAGGCGGGCGAGCGAGCGCAGCAGCAGGCGUCCAGAACCCAGGAGGACCUGACCCGGGCCCUGCAGAGGCUGGAGACGGACCUGCAGGGGGCGCUGCAGCACAGGAGGGACGCUGAGCAGCACAACCAGGAGCUGCAGUCGGUUCUGGACAAGGCUCGAUCGGCCCUGCAGGAGAGAGAGGAGCAGCUGAGGGAGGGCGAGCAAGAGAGGGAGAGCGAGAAGGAGGAGAGGGAGAAGACCAUCACACAGCUGACCACGUCGCUUCAGACCAAAGAUCAGCUGCUGGAGGAAUACUGGGAGCUGCUGGACGACCAGUCCAACCAGAAGAGAGACGCUCAGCUGCAGAAGCUCCGGCAGCGAGUCAGAGAGCGAGAUCGAGCUCUGGAGCGAGCGGUGGACGAGAGGUUCCUCUGUGUGGAGGAGAAAGAGGAGGAGUCUCGCCGUCUGCGACUGCUCCUCAGAGAGAAGGAGAGAGACCUGGAGAGACAACGCUGCGUCCUGGACAACAACGAGGAGACCAUCACUAGCCUGGAGCUGCUGCUGCGUGGUAAAGCCGUGGAGCUGCAGCAGGUGGUGGACGCCUGGAGGAACGUUCAGCGGCAGCGGCAGCAGAGCGAGGAGAUGCAGAGCUGGUCCCUGAGGGAGCGAGACGCCAUCAUAGAGCAGCUGCAGGGGGCGCUGCUCGCCCGCACGCAGGAGGCGCAGGAUCUGCGCUGCUCCCUGCUGGCUCAGGUCCAAUCGGCUCCCAGUGAUGUUCUGGAGGAGCUGAAGCUCCGCCUCCAGCUCAAGGACCGCCUCUUCCAGGAAGUUCUGUCCGAUCGGACCCGUCAGGCCCAGGAGCACCAGGACCAGGUCCAGGGUCUGCUCACGUCCAUCGGCUCCAGGGACCAGUACAUCCAGGACUCGGCGCUGCAGCUCGGGGACGUGAUGACCGAGCAGACGUCCAGACUCCAGGAGCUCCGCAGACAGCUGAGCUCAGGAUCCGGGUGGAGGUCCGACUCCGGACCCGACUCGGCCCUGGAGCUGCAGGCGGCGCAGGAGGAGCUGCGUCUGGCACUGAGGAGGGAGAAGGAGAACCAGGAGCUGAGCAGGAGUCAGACUGAGAGGCUGGAGGCCCUCAGCAGGACGCUGCUGGUGAAGGAGGAGCUCAUCAGGGACCUCCAGAGGCAGAUGGUGGAACCUUCAGAUCUCCAGCUGGUCGAGCGCCUGACGCAGGAGGUCCAGGAGCUGAGGGAGAGCCUGGUCCAGCCGGACGCCCUCCUCCUCCCGGGCCGUGAGCGGCCCAGCGGCCGGCAGCCUGAGUUUGGAGAACCGAGUUCAGACGAUGAAGACGAUGAUGUGAACAGCGAGGAAGAGGAGAGCGUUGAUGAAGAGGAGGCUGAACUGAGGCUCCAGUCUCUGAGCACCAAGCUGGGUGCCGGUCCGGUGAAGGAGGGUCAGGGCCUGAUGGAGGUGAAGCAGCUGGUGGAGCAGAAGAGGGCGGUGGAGAGGGAGCUGACGGAGCUGAAGGCUCAGCUGGAGAAGAGCGGCUUCUCCUCCCUCUCACACAUGAGGAAAGCUCUGCUGAGCCUCCAGGCCCAGAACCAGGAUUUAAACCAUCGACUGCAGGCGGACGGUCCACACCAGCUGGAGGGGGAGGAGGAGGAGGAGGAGGAGGUGGAGGAGGAGGAGGAGGAGCUGGACGUGACCAUCGGAGAGGAGGAGGAGGAAGAGGAGGAGGAAGAGGAGGGCUCAGAGACGUGGGAAGCCUGGGACAGUGACUUGUCUCUGUCUCACACCGACGUCCAGACCAGGGACGAGCCGAGGACGGACGGAGCCUCCAGAUCAAAGCGUCCUCACCAGCUCAGCUCCGUCUCUCAGUGUGUCCAGGCCGGGCUGCGUCCCAGCAUGCACCUGGGCGGUGCUGCAGCCCCUGAGCGGACGGAGCAGACGCUUCUCCUGCAGCAGAGGAGCAAGGAGCUGAGGGAGCGGCUGAUGGUGUCGGAGGCGACGGUGCAGGCUCAGGCCGAGCAGCUCAAAGACUUCAGGGAGCUGCUCACGGAGACGGCGGUGCAGCAGGACAGCAAGCAGAUCCAGGUGGACCUGCAGGACCUGGGCUACGAGACGUGUGGCCGCAGCGAGAACGAGGCGGAGAGGGAAGACACCAGCAGCCCAGAGUUCGAUGACCUGGAGAUGUGCACGUCUCUGGACUGUGGCUCCCAGUGGUGGCCCACCACCACCACCACCACCACCACCACCCCCACCAGCAGCAGCAGCUCCACCUUCACCAAAACCACCACCCAGACCCCCGGCUCCGACGAGGCGUCCUCCCUCCAGCGCCUGGUGGAGGACCUCCGCUCGCAGCUGUCCCGCUCGCAGGCCGUGAUCCGCGGCCUCCAGCACCGCCUCCGCUCCCUCUCCACCUCCGGAGACGACCCCCCCCCCACGCCCCGCAAGGUCAACUGGUGCUUCCAGGCCUCGCCCUCGCACAGCGGCACGGAGGACGACGAGGGCUGGCAGUCGUCUGACGGGGGGGCGCUGGCCUCCCCUCGGCAGCCCCACCCGGACAAGGGCCUCCAGCAGCUGGAGUCCAGAGUGGACGCUCUGGAGAACCAGCUGAAGAAAGGAGGGAAGACGUCCAUCGAGCAGGACGGGAAGUCUGCCACGUGGCCGGGUAAGUUCGACUCUCUGAUCCAGACUCAGGCCCGGGAGCUGUCUCACCUGCGCCAGCGCCAGAGGGAGGGGCGUGGCCUGUGCAGCAUCCUGACUCAGCACCUGGGCGACACCACCAAGGCCUUCGAGGAGCUGCUGAGGGCCAACGACAUCGACUACUACCAGGGCCAGAGCUUCAGAGAGCAGCUGGCUCAGAGCAGCGCUCUGGCACAAAGAGUCGGAGCCAAGAUCAGCGGACGAGAUCAGCCUGAAGAUCCAGAUGAGAAGACGGAGCUGCUCGCCAUCCGACUCAGUAAGGAGCUGCAGCAGAAAGAUAAGAUCAUCGAGUCUCUUCGCUCCAAACUGAACCAGCAUCUUCAUCAUCAUCAUCAUCAUCACUCUCAUCGCUCUGACACGCCCGGCAGCAGCCACGCCCUCUCCGACGGCUCCGACCAAUCAGAUCGCAUCUCCUACGUGUCCGAUGAGCAUGGAUCCACGAACGGGGACCUGGAUCUCUGCUCGGACGUGGACGCUGCCAGUGAGCUGGGUCAGGAGGACACGUCCAGCCGAGUCCUCACAGAUCGCCACUCUCACACUAGCACCGUGUCCCGCCACCCGUCUGUCCCUCCAUCCAUCGCCUCAUCCCACAGAACCCAGUCCUGCCUCAGUUGUCCCAGCAUGCAUUGCCCCAGCUCGCCACACAGAGCUGUGGACAUGCAGAGUCAGACAGGAUUUUCCACUCCUCAGUCCAAACCUCUCCAGGGUUUCCCGUUCGCCCACCAGCAGCCGGACGCCUCUGGCUUCCUGCCGCUCUCGCUCCACGGCUACCAGCCGUCUCCGUUCAGCAGCAGCCUGGACGCCGGCUUAGCAAUGAGAGCCGGGGCCAGUCUGCUGGAGAGCAGUGCAUUGUGGGAUACGACCUACGGUACCCGGCCGGCGAGACUCGGAGCCGACCUGUCGUCAGGAUCCUCAGGUUACCAGUCGGGCACCAGCCACACAGGCGCGGAGCUGAUGAAGGAGCACCUGAGAGAAGUGAGGAGUCUGAGGCAGAGACUGGAGGAUUCCAUCCACACCAACGACCGCCUCCGCCAGCAGCUGGAGGACAGACUCGCCCGUGUCUCCACGGAGAAAGGUGCCCCUACCAACAUCUACAUCCAGGGUCUGGACUCGGUCGGUCAGCUCUCCUCUGAGAUCCGACUUCUGAAGGAGGAGAACGUCAGUCUGCAGAACCAGCUGAAGCAGAACACUGCAGACAGCUGUAAGGAGGCAGAUCAGCUGAGGGAGGCGUCCCUCAUGGAUAGGGCGAGACUGAAGGAGGCGGAGCUGGCCGUGGAUAAGUGGGCGGAGCAAAGCAGAAGACUGCAAGCUGAAGCUGAAGCUCACGACCGAGAAAACACACAACUGAGAGAAGAGAGAGAGAGGAGACAGGAAACCAUCAACAGGCUCCAGCAGCAGGUGGACGUCCUCCAGCAGCAGCUGAGGGACGGACACAGUUUGGUCCAGACUCUGCAGAGCGAGCUGCAGCUGCGUCGCAGAGGGGGCGGAGUCACCACCAACACACACUCAGGUCAGGUCGGGGACAGCCUCACCUUUGACCCCAGGGAGCUGCACGUUCAGCUGGAGCAGCAGCUGAGUGGACAACCUGGAGCCCGGAGGCUGCUCUUCAGUGACAAUGUCCUGUCUCCUCCUGUGAGAGACACUGGACUCGUCGGCCCGUCCUCUCCUCUUCAUGCUGGACAGACACGUGCUGAGAACACUGGAGAUCACGCCGCCUCGACCCCGACGUCCCAGACACCGGACGGUUCCUUCUCCAGCCGUCAUGGCCGCCAUGCCGUCGGCCACAUGGAUGACUUCCAGGCUCUGCAGCAGCAGAUCCUGGACGGCGGCACGCUGCUCCGCAGGAUGGAGGCCGCCCUCCGGUCCCUGCUGGUCCCAGCCCUGCAGGACUUCAGCCCUCGUCAGCCGUCAGACUCGGGUUCCGUGAGGAAGCUGCUGGCGGACUCUAGGACCCUGCGACAGGUCCUGGAGGAGGCGGACGCUCUGCUGCACAUGUUCUGGAGGGCCGCUCUACCGAACCCCGAGGAACCCAAACAGGAUCAGUCUCUGAAAGACGAGGUGGUCUCUCUCCGUCUGAAGCUCUCGGAACAGGAGCAGGCUCUCAAGGACGCCAUGGAGAGAGUGAAGAGCUCCAACCGCACCAAAGACAACAUGGAGACACUCAUAAUCAGCCAGAUGUCGAGAACACGGGACGUUUUGAGGAAAGCCAAGACGAACCUGCAGGAGAACCAGCUCAGGAUUUCCUCUCUUCGCCAAAUUUCUUCCUCCAUACCUCCUCCUUCCUCCUCUUGCUCCCUUUAUUCUUCCUUCUCCUCCUCUUCCUCUUCCUCACGCCCCUGGCCUGUUAAAGGUGAAAACCCACGAGGCUUCUGGGAGCUCGCCCUCUCUCCUGGUCGCGGUGUCAUGAUGAAGUCUCAAGCUUCCUCCUCUUCCUCCUCUUCCUCCUCUGGGGUCCUGGGACCUGCUCCCCCCCACCAGCGCCCCCUGCAGGCAGCCUUUCUGUAGUGCACCAGCCCAGAGUUCCUUCCUGUUCACACAGAAGAUCCUGUCUCUCAGUGACUGGGGAACAUUUCAGUGAUGGACGACAUGUUGUUGGAUGUUUGUUGGUUUCUGACGACAGUUUCUGAAUGUGAACGAUCAUCAUAGUUUUAUUAUUGUUUUAACUUGUUGAGGACAAAGUCGACUGAAGUGUUUGAGUUCUGAACGGACUCAUCUAGUCCUUGUGCGUUUGCUCUAAUGUGUGAAACACUGUCAGGAACUUGAACUUAAAAAACAUCAUUAGAAAUAAAAAAUCUAGUUUUUUCAAACCCGAAGCUUCUGAUCAGAAUCUGAACAAACUGCCCCUGACGGCAGCAGGAGAUCGAGACUCAACCAAACUGCAAAGUGCUUCCUCUCAGCUUCUGGUGAAGCUUGUGUUUAAUGUAGAACCGUGCACGUGCUGUGAGCAGCUUGUGGAAACUAAGCCAUACUUUGUUAUUCUUGUGUCCUCAUCAUACUGAGAAUGUCAUCAAAUGGCCAAACUACUGAUAUAAGGAAAAGUGACUCAGAAUAUCCUGCAGACAUUUUUUUUUUGUUGCUUUUAAUGUAAAAUAAAACAAAAGUAAGACUUUAUUUCUCGUUAUCCUCAAACUUCAGAGAAUCACUGUUAAAUAUUGAGCAGAAGAUAGAUUUAAGAAAGGGUCCAACCCAGUGUGCAGGUGAGAGACGUGUCUGAUGAGCAGCGUCUUUAAUAACCUGUAAAUAAUCAAGCACAUGUGCUGACUCAGCAGUUUGUACGAUGCCUUCAGGGACCUGUCGGACAAUCAGUAAAACAUGUAGAGAAACUAAUCUUUAGUGCCCGGUCCAAAAACAUGAUAUGGCUUUUUUUAUAAAUGGACCAUGCUGUUAUCUCUUUUUAUUUUAUUAACCUUUAGGAGUUUUAAUUUUAGCUAAAUUUGUGAAUAUUCUUUUAGAUGACAAUCACUUCCAAAUAAAUGUUGAAGCUUGUUAAUAUUCUUUCUUCAGAUCUUGUGCAGACGCUGACGCUCACUGUGCAAUUGAGCUUCUCUGAAAUUGCGUAUUUGACCCUUUUUCUAAAACGUUUAUUUUUAUUUUUAAUUUUCUUAUUGAAUUUCUUUGUAGAUGAACUGACCGUUUUCUUUUUGUGCAUGAACUGUGGCUCGACUGCCCUCAAUACUUUUACUGAAAUAUGCAAUUUCUGGGUUUCUGUGCAAUAUUAGCCUCUGUGUUUGCUUUUCGUUGCUGUUUCACUUCUGGGUUGUAAAGUGCCAUGUCGUCUGUUUCCAGCUGAUUUAAACAAACAGACAGUUUCAUGAUCCUCACAUUUCUGCUUUGAUAUGAAUUAGAUUUAACUCCAACAUGAAAAAGGCAAAGAAACAGCAGAAGAAAACAGUGUUGUGGUUUAUUUGUGAAACCAGAGUUUUAAAUAUUCUCUUGUGUGAUUCGUCACAGGUCAAAGGUCACAUUUGAAAGUGUCUUUGUGGUGUUAGGAACCACAUCUUGUGUGUGUGUAUAUAUGAAAGUGUGUGUACAUCGAUGCAGCUGUUUGUUUUUUGUUGCUGUGAGAGAUGAGAUUGUCUUUGAAUAAAGACCAGCUGUAUUUUUAUGCAUGUUCUCUUUAAUAAAAAUGUUUUGGGUUAAAAAGAGACCUUUUCAAUAAAAGGGAAGAAAACAA